AUGUAUGAUGUUGCGGGUGACAAGUUUGAAGAACCUGAUGAAACAUUACAAGUGUGUUGGGAAUGCCUUGCCCAACUAAGGAGGUUUGAUAAAUUCAAGAAGCAAGUUCACACCGCCCAGGAAACUAUCCUAAGCUUAAAAGAGAACUAUGAGAAUACUGACCAUACUUAUAGUUUUUCACAAUCCCUAUCGACAUUGGGACUCACAAUGAAGAAUGGCUAUGACUUUUGCUACGACAAUACGAAUGAAAAUCAAACGGAAUGGACACCAAAGAUCGUCGCUGUGAGCUUCGGAGAUAACAUUAAGAAUGAGCUAAACAAUGAUGAACAGAUGUUAGAAAGUACGCAGACGCUUGAGAAUCUCAACGCAACAGUAAAACCUCAAAUUUUGAUAAAACACGAACCUUUAGAAAUUGACGAGCAUAAUGAAGACAAAGAUGAAACAGUGUUACCUAAAGUUACAAUCAG